GUUUCUCAUUGCGUUCUUCAGACCCGCCGCUGUCACUCCUCCGAGGAUAUUGUGCUGCAAGGAAUAUUCCACUCGUUGUUAAGAUAAAAGCAAGAUGAAAAGAAAUCACAGUUUUAGUUCAUCUGACAGCGAAAUGGACGACAAUAUUGAAGUAGAGAAAGACAGUGGAGACGAAAAUGGAGCGCCCGACUCCCCCCAGGGGUCGCCGUCCCCUGCCACCACCACGCAGGUCCAGGCCAGGAAAAGGCGCAGAGGGAUUAUAGAAAAAAGACGUCGGGACCGCAUCAACAACAGUCUAUCAGAGUUAAGAAGACUGGUGCCAAGUGCUUUUGAGAAACAGGGAUCUGCAAAAUUAGAAAAGGCAGAAAUCCUGCAGAUGACGGUGGACCACCUGAAGAUGCUCCACGCUGCUGGGGGGAAAGGUUACUUUGAAGCUCACGUGUUCUCCAAGGACUAUCGCAGCCUGGGCUUCAGGGAGUGCCUGGCGGAGACGGCGCGCUACCUCGGCAUCAUGGAGGGCCGGGACAGCAGCGACCCCCUCCGGGCGCGCCUGGUGUCUCACCUCAGCAGCUUUGGCUCUCAGAGGGAGAUCCACAACGGGCUCGGACACAUGGCCUGGAGUCCAGCUCAUAUAGCCCAUCCCCUGCUUCUGCAACACCCACAGGCCAGAAUGCUCCCAUCGAGAAACAGCAGUAGGAACACACAGUCCUCUUCCUCAACCACAUCUUCCUCACCAUCCUCCUCCAGCGAGGUUUCCGUGGCAACAAGGCACGGCCUUACAACCCCCGCUGAGUCCCACCGGUUACUGCCCCUGGGCCUGGCCGGGCACACGUCGAAAAGCUCCUCGCCUCUCUUCUCCUCUCUCUCCGCCUUCCCCCUGUCCUUCAGUGCCUUCCCCCUGGUCUCUCCGACGGUACUGAGCCCCAUGCAUCCCCACUCUCCCUUAGCCACCUCCAGCAGCGUGGCAAAGCCCUACAGACCCUGGGGUUUGGAGAUAGGGGCCUUUUGAUGGCUGGACUGAAGGCCCUUAGCUUGGUGACCGUACAGGAGGGACUGCCGGCCCGAGCUAGGGUGUUCCCACCUGCUUUUAUUUUCAUAUGGCAUAAACAGCUUUUAGUUAUUUAACUUUAUUUGUCUAAAUGGAUGAGGAGAUGGUUAAAUGAUUAUUUGCUGUUUGGAUAGUGUUCUGGUCUUGAUUAAGCAUUUUUUCACCAAAUUGUUAUUUUGGGUCAAAUAUGCAUAUUCCCAAGUUUAGGAGGGAUAUGAUGCUCACUUUUGGAAAUUACCAAUAAAAUAC